AUGCCGGAAUCUUCAUCCCAAGACCACGGAGGACAGCAGCCUCGAGAUGCAUCUCCGCCUCCUCCCUACUCGGAGACGCCGCCCCCGCUGCACGCAACCACGCAGUUGAGCGAGCAAACGCCACUACUGGGGCGUCCCGUCAUCGUGAUACGUGGAAACAUCACAUACACCUGGUACAGACCAAGCUACGUGAGAGAACGAUCAUGCUGGGACUUGAAAUUCAAGCGAUGCACUGCAUGUGCCCUGAUGUUCAUGUUCUCAACACUGAUCCUGCUGUGCGUGAUCUUGCCCGUGCUGCCGUUCUUAUUGCAACUCGACUGGCUCCCUUCGCGGGUCCCACCACCAAUUCCAACAUACUCCGUGGCUAUCAUAGGAGCCGGCCCAGCAGGGAUAGCAGCCGCGCAACACCUUAAGUGCUCCCAAGCAGCGCAAGGUGUGCAUUUCAACAUCACCGUAUACGAGGCCAAACCCCAUGUCGGCGGCCAGCUAGCCCUCAACGGCUCCCAAGACGGUCUCGUAUAUCCUUACGAUGACCCGAGACAGGAACCCAUGACGGCAGAAGACAUCGCCGGCACCGCCCUGCUGUGGAACAACGCGCUGUUUACACAAGACUCGGAGGACUUCCUGGGGGGUCGUGUCGAGUUCUCCGAGCUGGGCAGCCAACAGGUCGGAUACUACCGCGGCGAGGACGACCCUCCCGUAACCACCACCACGCGUCCCUACAGCAAGACGCCCACAGUCUCCUGGAUGCGCCUGAUCUGGCGGUACGGAAAAUCCGUCUGGCAAGCCGGCAGCAUGGCCUCGGCAAUCAACUUCCGCGAGAAAAUGCCGUCUACUCCGCUCGUCGACGACAUCGCCGCCAUCCUACACGGCCUCGGCGAUAGCGUUCUGGAGGCUGCCGGCCAGUGGGCCAACGCGACACUCGAUGCGCACGGCAUCGGUGAGCCUUACCGCACCGAGGUGCUCGACCCACAGGUACGGCGCAUGUACGGCGAAGGUCUCGCGGGCAUUAGCGGGCUAGCGAUGCUGCUGGCUGUCGCGCAGGAGGACUCGGCAAACGUGGUUUUGGGCGGGAACUUAGUCGAGCGCCUGCAGCGCAUCGUGCGCCGGCUACACGUAGACCUGCGGACCUCUACGCUCGUGACAGGUCUGCGCCCCGCGCAGAUCGACGAAGAGGGACACUCGGCGUGGCUUGUCGAGCACAGGGGUGUCGAUGGCUCGGGUUCACCCAGCGUCGAGGCUUUCGACAAGGUACUCAUGGCGGCGAUGGACGAGCGGGUCCUAUACGCCAACAGCAGCCCGGAUGCAGACGACGCCGCCGCAGAGUCUGACAUCAACAUGGACGUCGACGUCGAGAUUGAAUCCUUCGGGAGCACCUCCAAGUCCGUCUUCGUCACGUUCCUGACAACGCAGGCCAAGCACCAGGGGCGCGGCAGCGAAGAAGAUCAGGUAUUGUUCGUGAAGGACGGCGCAGGCGGCGAUAGCAGCGGCCGGUGGCAGGGUCUCGUGAACGAAAUCGCCUGCGUGCGCGUCGUCACUCGCUUGCCGCGCAAUGGCGAUGUUGACGACGAUGACAAGGCCGGCCACGACGACCAUGAAAGCACCCAAGCCGUCGAGUACUUAUACCGCAUGCUCUCGACGGAAAGCAUCGCGGAGGUUCUGAAAUUGGACCCCAUGAUCAGUUGGUCGCAUGAGACGAAGGUCAAGAGCGCCGUCCCCUACCUGCUCCCCAUGAGCCGGUUCCCACCCAUACAGAUCACUGAUGAUCUGGAAAGAUCGCUGCCGAAGGGUUGA